GAUGCAUUGCGUCAGGACCAGAAUGCAUUGCUUUAAGCCAGCGCUUUAAGCGUCUGUAUUAAGUUAAAUUAACCUAUUUUCCAUCCAGUUAACUUUAAUGAUAGUUUGUGAACUUGAUUACGCAUUUCUGCAGUGGAACAGGUAUUGUGUGUUUCUGGGUAGAUUGUUAGCCCUGUAUUAAAUAUCUAAAUAUACAUUACUUGAACCAUGGCAACUGAAACCGUUCCAGUCGUACUAACUGAUUCUCAAGGCACAUUGUUACUGCAUGUGCCCAAAGACGUUGCAGAAAAGCUAAGGACUGAUAAGGAGUACUUGGCUAGUCUAGCGCAUCAGGUUAGAUUAUCUACAAUGUUGCAAGCACCAUCGGAGUCCCAAAGACCCACUGCUGCAACCCCACCUGGGCCCCUGAACCCUGCCAUUCGCGCCUGUCCACCAGCAGCACACUCGGCAGGCCCUAGUGCUGUGGACGAGGACUCAGACCAGGACAUUUCAGAGUCACAACCAGAAAUGAAACACCGGCUCACACUUUUUCUGCUUGCAACAAUAAAAAAACAUCGCUCCCUUUUCUACACAAAUAAGCCCGCUUUUUAUAGAAGAGUCUGUAAAGACAUGUUACAAGGGGACCACAAAUGCUCAGCGGAGCAGAUAAGGAAGAAAAUUUCUAACAUGUUGGCGACAUACAAAAGGGUCAAAGACAGAUGUCAGACCACCGGAGAGGCAAGAAUCAACUGGGACUAUUACACAAUUAUGGAUGAAAUAUUCGGCCAGUCAGGUGCUGGGAGUGUCACAGAGGGCACGAUAACCUCCACGCCCCUCUCUACCCCUCAGCCUUCAGCACCAGAGCCUGGUCCUGAUGUUUUCACCAUGAAGGCUACUGAUGGCGUCCUGGGUAGGAGGCCAGCAAGCCAAGCGGGAUCAUUCUUUGAGUCAUACGAAGCCCAUGCUGAGCGGAGAAGUGCUGUGCUGGAGUCCCUUGUACGCCCAGACUUGGAGAGGUUCAGGAGGCUGAAGGAGAGGAGGAGGAGAAGCUUUGAGAAGAAAGUUGUCACAAGUCUUGGGCAAAUUUCAAAGAACUUGCAGGAGAUUGCUAAAGGCCAACAAGAAAUUGUUAAACUCUUGCAGAAUGUACAGCGCACAUAAAAAAAUAAAAUAAAAAACAAAACUGUG